CUCGGGGACUCCACUACAACGCUGGUUUUUCUGUUGAUUGCUGCUUCAACACCUCUCUCUCUCUCUCUCUCUACCGUCGUGACUCACGCCGUGAAUCUGAGCUGCCUUUCGGAUCUGAAGUAUUGAUUCCGAGGUAAGUGCUAAAUAAGCACAUUAACAUGGAGGAACAGAGGGCGGAAACACCAGUUCCGGUAGGAAACCCAGAUGGAUCUGAUAUUAACUCCUCUAGCUCAGAUUCUGUGUCCCGGGUGAGGAAUUUGUUGUUUCGUCGAAUGCUGGUGGGGAUUAAAGAUGGCCGGUUUUUCUUGGGUGCAUUCCACUGCAUUGACAAGCAAGGGAACAUUAUUCUUCAAGAUGCAGUUGAGUAUCGCAGCACUCGACGCUCUUCUCCCUCUCCAAUGGAACAGCGUUGCCUGGGUUUAAUUCUCAUACCUUCAUCUUGUCGCACCUCUUGCCAUGUGGAUUGCUCUAUAGAGGAACAGUUGUUGCUGCUUUCACUAAAUCAAUAGAGACCAGCUAUUUUGGAAAUGGAGGUCCUUGUAGAUAGGGGAGAACAGGAGUUGUUGCGUAUCGUAGCUUAGCAAAGACAAGCGUAGAUGUAACCAUUGUUUGAAGAAGGCAUGGUGGUUGGAACUCUAUUACAGGCAGAGGUUUCAUGGGUGCUCCGCUCCCGCUCCUGCUCCCUGUUCCUUAUAUGGUCGGUGCCUGGACUUGGUGAAAUAUGGCCAUCAUCAACAUUCUAUUGUCAAAAUGAGGGGAAAAAAGUCCAGUCGGUUUGACUUUGACAGUCACAAUUUCCUACUGAUUUUGUUGAGGAAGGGGAUUUCUCUCUGAUGUUCGUAUCUUUUGAUGAAUUCAUUUGCUUUACCUCUCAGGCUUGGCAUAUCAUGUUAAUUUUAUGUCGUUAUGAUAGUCAACCAAUUUGCCAAAACUAUCAGUGGGGCUGUCUUUCUUUUUCAUUUCCAUUGCCAAUAAAGUUUUUGACUUUGACAGCA